GCAGUCAGAGUUGUCUCUCCACACUUUGAUAUCACACUGAACUUAUCGGCGUCAGAGAUGACAGGGGGCUGUUUCUACACGACUGGACUGGUUCUUCUUGUUUGCGUGAAGGUCGCCGUGUGGGCCAGUGACGGGGAUGCAGUGUUCAUUAGAGAAUUCACUCUGAUUCGACGAGACCACCUCCCUGAAGAGCCUCUCCAUGACAGCAGCCAGAAAGCAGAAGACCCGAGCUCGCGGACGGCCCGGUCAGAAGAGGACAGAGACACGCUGUGGGAUGCCUGGGGCUCGUGGAGUGAAUGUUCCCGUACCUGUGGAGGAGGAGCCUCAUACUCCCUCCGACGAUGCCUCAGCUCCAAGACCUGCGAAGGGCAGAAUAUCAAAUAUCGCACAUGCAGUAAUGUGGACUGCCCUCCAGAAGCUGGUGAUUUCCGCGCCCAGCAGUGUUCAGCCCAUGCAGACGUACGAUACCAGGGUCAGUACCACGAGUGGCUGCCUGUGUACAAUGACCCGGAAAACCCCUGCGCUCUCAAGUGCAAAGCCAAGGGUUCGGGCCUCUUGGUGGAGCUGGCGCCCAAGGUGCUGGAUGGGACUCGCUGUUACACUGAGUCCCUGGACAUGUGCAUCAGUGGGGUCUGCCAGAUUGUUGGUUGUGAUCAUGAGUUAGGGAGCACGGCAAAGGAGGACAACUGCGGUGUCUGCAAUGGAGAUGGCUCAUCCUGCCGACUUGUGCGAGGACACUACAAAUCCCAGCAUACAUCAGGAAAAACUGAGGACACAGUUGUCGUCAUCCCCUACAAGAGUCGUCAUGUGCGUCUGGUUCUGAAAGGCCCGGAUCACUUGUAUGUGGAGAGUAAGACUCUGCAGGGGUUGAAAGGUGAACUGGUCUUAGAUACAUCAGGCCAGUACCACCUGGAGAACACCACCUUGGACUACCAGAAACUUUCUGACAAGGAGAUCCUGAGAAUCACUGGCCCACUAGGAGCUGACUUCACUGUCAAAGUGCAGUUCGCCAGUGGAGCAGACAGUGUGAUCCAGUACAUCUACUACCAGCCCAUCAUCCACCGCUGGAGAGAGACCGACUUCUUCCCUUGCUCCGUCACAUGUGGUGGAGGUUACCAGCUAACCUCAGCAGAAUGCUUUGACCUGCGGAGCGGCCGGGUGGUUGUGGAUCAGUAUUGUCAUUAUUACCCAGAGAACGUCAAACCUAAACCCAAGCUGCAGGAGUGCAACAUGGAGCCCUGCCUGGCCAGUGAUGGCUACAAGCAAAUUAUGCCAUAUGACCUCUACCACCCCCUGCCCCGAUGGGAGAGCAGCCCCUGGACCGCCUGCUCCACCUCCUGCGGCGGAGGCAUCCAGAGUCGCUCAGUGUCCUGCGUGGAGGAAGACAUGCAGGGAACCAUCACUCCCGCUGAGGAGUGGAAGUGUCUCUACUCCCCUAAGACGGCGAUCCUGCAGCCCUGCAACACCUUCGACUGCCCCACCUGGCUGGCGCAGGAGUGGUCGCCCUGCACGGUGACCUGUGGUCAGGGUCUGCGCUACAGGGUGGUGUUAUGCAUCGAUCACAGGGGACUCCACGCUGGAGGCUGCAACCCAACCACCAAACCCCACAUCAAGGAGGAGUGCCUGGUGACUGUGCCCUGCUACAAGUCCAUAGAUACGCUCCCAGUUGAGGCAAAACCUGUGUGGCAUAAGCAGGCCAUAGAGCUGGAGGAGGAGAUCACAGUGACCGAGGAGCCAACGUAA